AUGUAUCAUACACUUCUUAUUCAAGCACUUUAUCGUUUGUUUGUUAAUGUAUUUGCAACACGUCGAUUUCUUCAAUCAAAAAAAUUCACUCUAAUUAUCGUUAUUGUUCAAUGGUUACUUUCGAAUACUUUUGGCCUACCAAUAUUUUUUGCUGGACGAAUUCGAUAUCAGGCUGGCAGUCGAAUCUGUCUUGUAUCAUUAAACGAUAUCUCGGGUUUCUUUUACUUGGCAGUAUGGAUUUAUUUAGUUCCAGUAUCAUUACUGACAUUAAUCUAUGCCAUGAUUGUUCGACAUGUAACAAUUAAUGCAUUUUCAAAUACCAAUCGUCAGGCUAUAUUCCAACGACGCCAACAGAAACGUGAAAUUCAACUCGUUCGUCGUAUUUUAAUUUUAGUUACCAUGCUUAUCGUCAUAGGUAUUCCAUAUUGUAGCUUUUGGUUACACACAUGGUGCACUGGUUUAUCACCACCAUAUGCUGAAAGACUUAGUUAUAUAUUCAUUGCUUUUGGAUAUGGAGCUAGUAUGCUAUACAUUCUCGUCAGUACAAGUAAAGUGAGAAAUAUUCUCAUCGAUAUUUACAAUAAACGAUAUAGAGGACGACGAGUAGAAUGUGCCAAUAUUACAAAUACGCAAGCUAUUCAAAUGACUGUUCAAUGCAAUACCUAA